CAGUUUGUUGAAUGCGCGCAAAAUCCGCUGUGUGUCUUCCUCGCAUUCUAGGGGAGAGAAAACUUAGCGGUAAAACUAGUCGAUAAAACAGUCUGAGUCUGAUGAACUUUAACGAAUUAAGAGCAAACUGUGAGACAAACUCAACGCUGGCCUCCAGUAACUCGUCUCGUCCCGUUUCGCGAGCAACAUGCUGAAGAAAGUGGCCGCCACUUUGUGAACGGUGCCCCCGCUGCUGCUGCUGCUGAAAGCUAGCUAGCAAACACUCGCUAGCUCAGCCUCGUAACAACAAUGUCUAGUCUUCCACAAAAUAACUUGAAGGAGCAACUGGCGAGGCACAGCAAUGCUGCUCAAAGCAAGCUGUCUCUGGCGAAACCUAAACCGGGGGCCUUUUCUUUCAAAAAGAAGUCCUCAUCAGGUACAACCAGGGUGGAAGUCCAGACCAAGGUAAUCAGCUCUAAUAUUUUGGCAAGUAGGAAUGUCAAUGUCCCUAAAAACAGUUUGGUGACUAAAUCUCCUUUGACAUUUUCAAACAAGCUUGAGAGACCUCAAAAAUCCCAAAUCAACAACUUCUUCUCUGUAAGCUCAAAAGCCAAGUUGGACUCCAUCAGCCCAACAGAAAACUGUUCUCCUGCAGUCCAGACUCCUACGGUAGUGUCAGCUAAGGUAACAACAGCUCCAGCUAAAUCUGACAUGCGUGGCAAUGGAAGCAAUGUGACAAAUCUGGAUGCAUCUCUGGGAUUCCCGAUCGAUGACUGGGAUGACUUUGAUGACUUUGAAACUCCUGUCAAAGCAAAAAAUGACUCUUUUACUUCAGAAAUAUCUGGAAAGAGCACCCAUCCAGUGUCAUCUUUCAAUGAAGAAAAAUCAGAAUUAACUGGGAAACUAAACCACGAUGCCUCUCGUGUGACACCAGAGUUGGGCAACAGUUUUACAAACAAGAAUGGUAUGGAUGAACUGGAGCAAUGUGUCGAUAGAGCUGCUGUUUCAUCAGGACCUAGUUUGAAUCAAGACCAAGCAGACUCUGAAAUUGAGGAUUCUCCAGUUAAAGUAACCAGAAGACGGCCUCCUCCUCACAGUCUUGCACAGUUCAAGUCUGUCUUGAGUGAUAGCGAAGAGGAAAACAAUGAUGUCCUUGAGACUUUGAAAGGAAAGACAGAUGAGAAACACAAAUGGACCAACCCAAAGGUGAUACAGAUUGAUGACAACUCAGAGCCUGAAGAUGAUUUUGACUACAUUCCCCCUUCUCCGGUCCCUGAUGACAUCUCUUACACUACUUCUGCAUUGGAGACCAGCAGAUCUAAAUUAGCUGAUGCUGAAAGCGGAGACAUUCCUGUGCAAUCUAAGGGACCUAUAACGACACUACAUGAAACAUUUGAUCAACGCUCAAAAGACAAAACAAAUGUUUCUUCUCAUCAUGUCACAGACGAGCAACUCCUCAGUAUCAUGCAGACCAUUUGUUCUCUGGUUGAUUCCAUCCCUGAACAUGAACUAAUAGGUCUGUCCUGUGGAGAUGAGCUUUUGCUGAAGAGAGCUCAAAGGAAGAGGAUCCUUGCAACUGGUGGUAACUGUUUAUUGAGGAUACAGCAACCAGACAGCACUGGGGUUUCUGAACCCAGCUUUAAAGAAAAGCCUUCUUUUAGCUGUGAUACAUCUAGUGUUAUGUCAUCCAGCAGCUCUGUGCCCAUGGACACCAAGAAGCCUUCUCAGAUCAGGAGAUCUUCAGGCAUUUCUGUGGACUACAACUCUGAUCACUCUGACAGUAUUAUUCACAUGAAUACUUUGCAGGUUAAGAACAUUGAGACAGUGAAUGUGACAAAUCAAAAUACCUGUGACUCUCCAUCAGCCUACAGCCUCGCAAGUCCAUCUUUUAAUUUUAAGAAAACAAGCACAGACCUGGAUGGAUCAAAUCACUUCUUUUCUCCAAAAACCCCAGAAACUGUUGUUCAGAGCAAAUCUAAAACACCGGCAGCCAGUACAGCUGCAGGAGACGUGGAACAAGAUGAUUUUUACAAUGACUACUUUGACAUAGAUGACUUUGAUGACUCAGAUAUCCCUGAUUACUUCGACCAACCCCAAAGCUCUAGCACCAUGACCACAACAGUGAAAGAAGCUGGACCAAGCAAGUCUUUAUGGGAGAAGAAACCAACAACACCAGCGCCUACACCCAAACCAUCAAAGAUCUGCUCUCCUGAACCCAACUACAGAAACCCAGCCCAUGAUCGCUUAAGAGGGUUCAACUUCCCCCACUCACAGGAGAUGAUGAAGAUCUUUCACAAGCGUUUUGGUCUCCAUCAAUUCAGGUUCAAUCAACUAGAGGCAAUUAAUGCAACAAUUCUGGCAGAAGACACGUUUGUUUUAAUGCCCACAGGUGGGGGUAAAAGCCUGUGCUACCAGCUGCCUGCCUGCGUGUCACCAGGAGUCACAGUCGUUAUCUCCCCACUCAAAUCUCUCAUUGUAGACCAGGUCCAGAAACUCACUACACUGGAUAUCCCAGCAACAAGCCUGUCUGGUACUUUAAGUGACAGUGAAGCAGGCAGGAUUUAUAUGCAGCUCUCGAGGAAAGACCCCAUCAUCAAACUUCUUUAUGUCACUCCUGAGAAGGUGAGCGCAAGUAACAAGCUGAUCUCGGCUCUGCACAACCUGUACGAGCGAGGCCUCUUGGCCCGCUUUGUCAUAGACGAGGCCCACUGUGUCAGCCAGUGGGGCCAUGAUUUUCGACCAGACUACAAGAAGUUGCACGAACUGCGUCAGAAGUUCCCCAACGUGCCGAUGAUGGCCCUGACAGCCACCGCCACCCCCCGCGUUCAGAAAGACAUCCUCAACCAGCUGAAUAUGAGUCGGCCACAGGUGUUCACUAUGAGUUUCAACAGAACAAACCUGAAGUAUGCUGUCCUGCCCAAGAAACCCAAAAAGGUUGACGAGGACUGCAUCAGCUGGAUCAAGAAGCACUACCCACGUGACUCCGGCAUUGUGUACUGCCUGUCCCGUAAUGACUGUGAUACCAUGGCUGAGAGUCUGCAGAGAGCAGGGUUAUUAGCUCUGUCGUAUCACGCAGGCCUGAGUGACGGUGACAGAGAAUAUGUGCAGAGCAAGUGGAUCAACCAGGAUGGCUGCCAGGUCAUCUGUGCCACCAUAGCCUUUGGCAUGGGUAUUGACAAACCUGAUGUGCGCUAUGUGAUCCAUGCCAGUCUGCCUAAGUCCGUGGAGGGUUACUACCAGGAGUCUGGGAGAGCUGGCAGAGAUGGAGAGAUCUCUCACUGCAUUCUCUUCUACUCCUACACAGAUGUCCAUCGCAUCAAGAGAAUUAUCAGCAUGGACAGAGAAGGUGACAGACACACCAAGGCGACUCAUUACAACAACCUACACAGCAUGGUGCAGUUCUGUGAGAACUUGAUGGAGUGCAGAAGAAUUCAGCUACUCGCAUACUUUGGAGAGCUGAAUUUCAAGAAAACCUUCUGUAAGGAGCAUGCAGACGUCACCUGUGACAACUGUGCGAAACCUAAUCAAUACAAGAUGAGAAAUGUCACAGAAGACGUGAAGAAGAUUGUGAGGUUUGCGCAGGAGAACUGUGAGAAAGUUGGCUCGAAGUUUGGCAGGACUGCUCAGCAAAACCGACUGACACUGAAUAUGUUGGUGGAUAUCUUUGUAGGGUCUAAAUCUGCCAAGGUACAGUCAGGAAUGUUUGGGAUUGGAGCAGCCUACUCUAAGCAUAACGCUGACCGUCUCUUCAAAAAACUGGUUCUGGACAAUGUCCUGGUGGAGGAUCUCUACAUCACUAACAACAACCAAGCUGUGUCUUAUAUCUCUGCUGGAACCAAAGCCAUGAACGUGCUGUCUGGACAUAUGCAGGUGGAGUUCUAUGAGACUGAGAGUGCGUCUAGUAUCAGGAAACACAAAGCUGCUGUGGCCACGAACGUCUCCAAGAGAGAGGAGAAGGUUCAGGAGUGUCUGAAGGAGCUGACGGAUCUAUGCAAGCAGCUGGGGAAAGCGUUUGGCAUUCACUAUUAUAACAUCUUCUCCACUGCUACCUUGAAAAAGAUUGCUGAGAAGCUUUCUUCUGACGCUGAAGUCCUCCUACAAAUUGAUGGUGUCACGGAAGACAAACUGGAGAAGUAUGGAGCUGAAGUUAUUCAGGUCCUAGAGAAAUACUCUGCGUGGCAGCUGCCUGAGGAAAAGAUUGAGAUGGGUGGUGGUGGUGGCCGUGAAGACGGGUGGAUAGACACAACACGAGGUCGUACAUACGACGAUUUUUAUGAAGAGGACGACACAGAGUCCUCCACCUACUUCCGCAAUCAGUCUGCACAGGGACAGAAGAGAAAGAAAGCACCGUUUUUCAAAUAUUCCAAGAAGAGAAAAGCAUAUGGCAACUCAGGUUCCAACUCUAAAGGUCGUGGCUACAACAGCAAUAAAUCGUGGUCAUCAUCCAGCUCCAGAGGUGGAUCAAAAGCUGUAGGUCGGGGGUCCAGGAGCUCAGCGGCAGAUGCAUCAGCAGGGAGGAGACCGGGCUUCCUGUCCGUCCCAACCCCUCAAACCAACCAUCGACCCUUCUUAAAGCCAACCUUUUCAUACUCGGGCUAGGGCCUUCCUCUGGGUCUGACUUCUAAGGAAAGAAAAACUUAUUUUUCACUACACUUCAAAACCAGUUGAUGUCAGCAAUUGUUGUAAAGUAUAUACCGGUUACAUCACAACUGUUAAGUGAAACUCUCAUGUCCAUGUUAUGCACAGGUUUGAUGUCUCUGAUUUUAUAUUGAUAAUUGUAAAUUGUCUUCUUUUGCUGUCCAUUUUCAUGUAAAUUUAAUUUUUUAUUUUUUUUAUAAAUUAAACACUUUUUUAAAGAUUA